UGGCCUUGUUUUACUGAAUAAGUCAUAGUCAAAUUUAGAAACGUUCUACUAACUAAGCUUGCUAGACUAUCUUCUAACGUUAGCCAGCCAGUGCAUCCCGAUAAAACAAUUUAGCUGACAAACUAAUGACUGUUUUACUGCCAUGUUUUCUGUCACUUUGGCUGAUUUUAGAUUGAAGGGUGAAUGGAGGCAACACAGCUGAUCGAUGACUCAAUAUUGGAAGAGUCAGAGGAGGAGGAUGGAGCGAUGCGAAAAGAGAAGCGAGGAGAGCCACUGGCAAAACUCAGGGUGUUAAAAAAUGAACACAUCUCAGAGACUGAGUUGCCUCUCUACCAGGGAGAGAAUGUGUUGGGUCGAAAUCCAAACUCCUGCUCCCUUCCCCUCGUGGCACCUUCUGUAUCCAAGCAACACACCGUCAUCUCCAUCUCAAUGUUUCGCGGCAACCGUUGUCGUGGCAACAUUGCCGGCAUGGAGACAGAGGCUUUAGUGUGGGACCUGGGGAGCAUGAAUGGGACAAGGAAGGGCCGGACCAAACUGACCCCUCACGUCCGCUACGCUCUGACUGAGGGAGAGUGUGUGGUAAUAGCUGACAUCCCCUGCCAGUAUGUCUCUGUGGACCAGAGGGGGGGACAGGGGCACAUGCAGAACCCGACCAACGCACACUCUGGAAGGGGAAGGAGGACAGGGCCAGACAGGAAGGCCCAGUUCAGAGGAAGCCCUAGCGGCCAAGGUCUGGGACGAGAGACUGGCACACCGAAGACUGAGAGACGGACUGAGGGUAGAGGAGUCAAUGGAGAGAUGGGGGCACCAUUGUCGACUGAGCUGGGUGGAAAAGGUAAAACUCGGGCCAUACCCCUGUCGUUGGAACAAACCCCCACAAAGCCUGAGAGGACACUGGUGCCUGAAUCUGAGUCUGACGGAGAUCGAGAGGGACGGAGAGACAAACGGGGAAAGUACUUUGUCUCUGAUUCUGACUCCCAUGUGUCCAGUCCCACCUGUUCUACAUUCCUCAGUCCUACAAACAAAGUCAUUCCAGAGAGUGAGGACGACAAACCCAUUACUCCCUCUGCUAAAAACAGACCCAAGAAAGUAGUGAGCUUCAGUGAGGAGGAGAGCGACAUGGAUGGACCGAGACAGCAGCCCAGGAGAAGAAGAGCACAAGUGAUAGUGGACGACAGCGAAGAAGAGGAGGAGGAGGGGAAGGAAGGCACAGAGGCACUAGGAGAGAAGGAACCUGGGAAAAGGACAAGAGGAAAGGAGGAAGUGUCAGUGCUGAACCAGGUCAGUCAAGCUGAGAGAGAUGGACCAAUGGUGUCUACAGAGGACACGUUUAACAUGGACAGUGACACAGACGUAGAGGGAGAGGAGGAGAUGGGGCUGUCUGCACCUGUAAACGCUGUUAAGCCACCAGCCGCAACAGAACCUCCUACUACAGACUCUGACCCAGGCCAGAUCCACAUGGACAGUGAUACUGAUGUAGAGGAAGGGGAUACUAUGGACAGUGACUCUAAGUUAAUGCUAACUGCUGCCGAUGUGGAGAGGAAACCAGUAGAUUCUGUCCCAGUGGUGCAGCCAACAGAGAUCCACCUGGACAGUGAUACAGACGUGGAUGAUGAUGAUGUUGUUGUGUCAGACAGUGCUACCAAUGUUACCUCCUUCAUAUCCGAUCCGGCUGAGAAACCAGACGACCCUGCCCCUGCAGUGCCACCCGUAGAAUUCCACCCAGACACUGACACAGAUGUGGAAGAGGAGGACACAGACACACAUUCCAAAACAGUUCCAGAAUCAGAUUCUAGUGGGAUCAGAACAGGGAUUGCUGGUCCCCAGAAGAUCCUUUUGGACAGUGAUACUGAUGAAGAAAACAACCCGUUUACCCCUCCGGCCAGCAGCAGAACAGCGGAGCUCCUUAAUCCACCCACCAGUGUAGGACCUGCAGCUGCUGCUCCUCUGGAGAUCAGGUCUGACAGCGACACUGACUUAGAGGAAGACGCCACACAGACCAUGAACCUUCCUCCUAAUGUUGCCACGGUAACGGAAGACGCAGGGUUAGCAUCUCGACAGGCCGUGCUUCCAUCACCCACAACAACGACAAUCGAGAGGUUGGAGCCCAAACCCCCCCGGUGUCGGCCCCCAGCAGGGAUGGUCCCGGAGUCGGACCUCAGUGAGCCCAGUGACUUCAGGGUGGACAGUGAUACGGAGAAGGAUGGACCAGGGGAGGCAGGCCAGGGACAGACUGCAUGUCGGCUCAGAGAGGGGGCAGUUGGCCCCGGGCUGCUCCCCCUGGGGGGUUCCCCUGGCCCUCAUCAGAAGUGCUCCACCCCUUUGGCAUCGUCAGUACAGGAGGAGAUGGAGACUCAGGCCUUCUUCAGUCCCUCUGACUCCUUCAGACACCCAGCUCUCCCUCCUGUGCUGAGGCCUACAGCAGCAUUGUCCUGCUCUGCAUCAGACAGCCAGGAGGACGAUGACUUUGUGGUGGCCGAGACCCAGUCAUUUGUGUUGGAGGCCCAGAACCAGGGCCAUCAGAGCAGCCUUCCAGUGGAACCAACCCUGGAUGCUACGCAGCCCUACGGUCUGGAGCCUUCCUUGGGGGAGGACCGGGAGGAGCAGCCCAGCCGAGGCUCCUUCCGACUGGGUCUAUCAGACAGCAGGGACCUCAGCCUCCAGGCCAGGGACCAGGCCUCAGAGAGCCCCCAGGCUUUCAGCUCCCCAGAUAGGGAUUCUGACCUGGAGGCCACCCAGACCUAUGGAUCUGGAGGGGGGAGCGAGGAGCCUGGCCUGGGCCAGAGGUCUGCGGUGUUCGGGAGGAACAGGCAGGUGGACUUUGUCCUGGAGGCAACACAGGCUUAUGCUGCCCAGCCUUGCAGUGACACAGAGGAGGAAGAUGAAGAGGAGACCCCCACCACGUCUAAUGUUGCUACGACUGAAACCCUGCCCAUGUCUGCCUAUGAGGAAGAGGAGGAAGGUUUGGUUGGGGCCAUGCCCUCAACCCCAGUAAGGAGAGGGAGAUCUGGAGGAGCGAGGGAGAGAGAGGAAGAGGAGCAGGAGACCCAGACUGGUGACGUGCUGAUCAACCAAUACCUCUCCACAGCUCAAACUCUGGACAUGGUCCAGGAGAGUGAUGAUGAGGAAGAAGCCAAACCAGACUCACCCAGAGGAAGAGGACAGUCCCAAGAACAGACAGUAGACAAGGAAGAGACACAGACUGUCUGCUCCUACCUCUCCACUGCUGAAACCCAGCCCAUGUUUACUGCUGCUGCUGCUGAGGAUGAUGACAAUGAGGAGGAAGAACUCAAACCUCCAUCACCCAGAAGGAGGGGAAGGUCCCAGAGAGGGAGAUUAGAAGAGGAGGAGACACAACCUAGUGAGUUCCUCACCAGCUCCCACAUCUCCACCGCUGAAACUCAGCCUAUGGGUACUUGUGACACUGAGGAAGAGGAGGAGGACACCAAAGAUAAAGGACGGGCUCAGAGAGGGCGAGGGAAAGAGUCGGAGGCUGGGACAAGCGGUGUCAGCAGUAGAGGUAGAAGAGGAGCUAGAGGAGGAGAGGAAGAAGAGGAGAGCGCUGAGCCUCCAAAGACACAGACAAGAGGGAAGGGGAAGGCUGUGAACACCGCAGGAGGCAGAGGGAGGAGAGGGAAGGGGAAGGCUGUGAACACCGCAGGAGGCAGAGGGAGUAGAGGGAAGGUGCUGUCUGAGGAGGGAGAGAGUGAGAAAGAAGAAGAAGAGGUGGAGGUGAUUGAGCAAGGGAGAAGAGGAAGAAAGAGUGUGAAACAACAGAAAGAGGGAGAAAAAGAAAGACUUGAGAGGGAACAGAGAGAGGAGGAAGAGGGAAUAGAAAAGGAAAGACAAGAACAGGCUGAGAAGGAACGGUUGCAGAAGGAAAAAGUAGAAUCAGAAAGGGUUAUGAAGGAACAACAGGACAGAGAGAGGAUGGAACAGGAACUUAAAGAACAAGAUGAGAGAUUAGAGAGGGAGAGAGUGGAAAGAGAAGAAACAGAAAGGAUGGAGAGAGAGAAAAGAGAAGAAACUGGAAGGAUGGAGAGAGAGAAAAGAGAACAGGAGGAAAGAGAGCGGUUUGAGAGGGAAAGGAAGGAACGAGAAGAACAAGAAAGACUGGAGCGAGAAAAGGAGAGAUUAGAGAGAGAAGAAAACGAGAGAAUAGAGAGGAAAAAAAGAGAAGAGAGGAAAAGACUGGAGCGAGAAAAGGAGAGAUUAGAGAGAGAAGAAAAACAGAGAAUAGAGAGAGAAGAGAGGACAGACAGAGAAGAGAGGAAAAGGCUGGAGAAGAACAAGGAAGAGAAGGAGCGAUUAGACAGGGAGAGAGGAAAGGAGAAAGAAGAGAGAAACCUGAAAGAAAAACUGGAGAGGGAGAAGGAAAGAGAAAAGAGGGAAGCCGAGGAGAAAGAAAAGGAGAUUAAAGAACGACAAGCGAAGGAACAAGGAGAAAAACAAACAAAGAAAGACAACGAAAAUGAGCCAAAAACAUCCACUAGAGGUCACAGAGCAAUCACCAGGAGAACCGUCAUGGUUCCACCCACAACUGAACCACAACCUGAACCUGAUAUUCUGUCCAGCCAACCAGAACCAGUCCCAGAAAGUAUAACUAGGUCUCGCUCCAACUCUGUCAGCUCUGAGAGAUCCACCUCCAACAUAGGUACCCAGGGGAGCAGAGGGAGAGGGGGGAGGAAGACCACCAGCACCACAGAGUCUGCCCCUGGUCCAGACAACCCCACCCGCAACAGCACCAGGAGACGGACGUUGGUCGGGACGGUUGUGGCUCCCCCUACUGCUGUGGAGGUCACAGUGCAGGACAUUCUCUCCAGCGAACAGUUUGUUGCCAGGAGAACCCGCUCUCGUUCCAGCUCCACCAACUCCCACAGCUCCCUCAACUCAGAGGUCUCCACCGGUAUCACGGCUAGCGUGAGCUCUCAGAGCAAAGGGAGGGGAGGAGGGAGGAGGAAGACUGGAACAGAGUCUGUCUCUCCCAGUAACAGGCAGAGUGAGCAGCCUCCAGCCCUCAAGCCCACAGCCAGAGGCAGGAGAAGCCAGAAAGUAGAGGAUUAUGGUCCACACCCUGAGAUUAAUGAGAAGGCUGAUUCUCAGGAGGCUGGUGGUACCACUAGAGGGCAGAAGAAAACAGACAAAACCAAUGAGCCAGACCCUGUAGUAGCAGAUGAAGAAACCACUCCAGCUCAGGUAACCGAGGACUCCCCCACUCCUAGAGGGAAUGGAAGAGGCCGGGGCCGAGGCGGCCAGAAAGACAACACACCUGAAUCCACCACUACAACAGCAGGAGGGGAAACUCAGAGUGAAGAGGGAGUGGGGUCUAAAACAGGUGGGAGAGGGAAAGGGAGGAAGAGGGGGCUGGAAGAGGAGGAGGAGAGCAGUGAGUUCAAGGUUCCCCGGGGGAAAGCUAAGGUUCAGAGGGGAGGGAGACGCAGGGCAGCAGAGGAGGAAGGAGAGAAAGAGGAGAAACCUGCAUCCACUCCAGCAAAGAGAGGCAGAGCCUCCACUGCACAGGUGAAAAAGAUAGCAGAGGAGGAGAAGAGUAUGGAGAGACAGAGUGAGAAGAUGGAAGAGGCUGGUACUGUGCAGAGGAAAGUCCGAGGCAGGCAGUUGACGGUUCAGAUAAAGAAAGAAGAGGAAUCUGUUUUGGACUCUAAUUCUGUGGUGCCCCAGACCCCUACAGGUAAGGGCAGAGGUAAGCGUAGGGCCCCUGUGGAAUCAUCACCGUUUGCCAAGACCCCUCGCUCCUCCUCUGCCUCUCCCCUGUCCUCUCUCUCCUCGCCUGGGACACUGGGCCGAGCUAGGGCCUCCACGCAGUCCUAUAAGGUGUUGUUUACAGGAGUGGUGGAUGAGGAGGGGGGGAAGGUGGUGUCUCGUCUGGGGGGCAGCCUGGCGAAGGGCGUGGCCGACAUGACCCACCUGGUGACUGACAGGAUCCGACGCACCGUAAAGUUCCUGUGUGCUGUGGCCCGUGGCGUGCCCGUCGUCACCACCGAUUGGCUGGAUAAGUGUGGUAAGGUGGGUAGUUUCCUACCUACUGACAGGUACCUGGUGAAGGACAGGGAGCAGGAGAACAAGUUCAGCUUCUGUCUGGAGGAAUCACUGAGGACCGCCAGCACCCAACCUCUACUACAGGGUUUUGAGGUCCAUGUGACCAGGUCAGUGUUGCCAGAGCCAGCCCAGAUGAAGGACAUCAUUGUCUGUAGCGGAGCUCGCUUCCUCUCCAAGAUGCCCUCCACUCAGAAGGCCCAGGCCCGGACCCUAGUGAUAUCGUGUGGGGAGGACUGGUCUCUCUGUGCUCCUGCACUCUCUGCUUCUCUCCCCGUCCUCAGUGCUGAGUUCCUGCUAACUGGUAUAUUACAGCAGAGAGUGGACCUGGUAACCCAUGUCCUCUCAGCCCCCAAACCCAGGGCCCAGCCAGGAGCCAAAGGCCAGGCCAGUGGCAGGAAGAGAACGUAACAGAAAAACAAAAUUCACCUGGGUGGUAUUCAUUAGUGCAUACUGUAGCAAAACAUUAUGCAACAGAAAACAAAAACUAGUGUUGGACAAGUUCAGGUAAACCCUCCCUGUUUUAGUCUGUUUUCUUCAGAUAGGUUAAUAUGACCCUGUCUACAGGGCCAGGGAGAAGAAGGCAUUACAGUUCCAGAGAAGACCGCAGACAGACGACACCCGUGUGUGUGUGAUGGCGUGUGUGAUAGCAUGCAGCACCCACCUCCACCUGUAUAGAGAACAGUAGCAGGACCAGGCCUCACAGGAGUGGUAACUACAGUACUACUACCCUGGAGGGGCUGGAGACCAUUAGACACCUGAGAGAGGGGAGAAUGAGGAUUCGGAUGUACAAGAGACAGUGGCAGCAUCCCAAAUGGGACCCUAUUGCCUACUUUUGACAAGAGCCCUGCACUAUGUAGGGAAUAGAGUGCUAUUUGGGACGCCAAUGUAAAAGGCUGGUGAGAGGAGACAUCCACCUGUAUGACCAACUAGACAAGAUAGUUGAGAAUGUAUUCACUCAGAUAAGAAGACAAACAAACCCAAGAUAUGGAAAUCUAUUCCUAUGUUUGAGGGUAGAGAAUACAUGCAGAGAAAUGCUCUGAAUAGAUUUGUUUAUAAAAAAAAAUGUAAAUAUGAGGUAACAGAGAGAAGAGACAGCAAUAUACAUGAGAUAAUUUACUGCCUAUCCCAGUCGUAUUUAUUUUAUCUGUCUCUUCCCUCCCUGAUCCUUCAUCUACAGUUGAAGUCGGAAGUUUACAUACACCUUAGCCAAAUACAUUUAAACUCAGUUUUUCACAAUUCCUGACAUUUAAUCCUAGUAAAAAUUCCCUGCC